ACUUCACGCUGCACGAACCCAACAUGGUUCUUUAUCUCUGAGUUGUCCAUUUAAGCGGUUUUGUGUGAUCAAUAUGUAUGAGUGAGUAAUCAAUAAAAUGGUCUGAAAGCCAUAUCAUUUAUACCGUAUACUACACAAUAAUACAGUACAUUGUCGACAACAUGUAAACCGUAAGGCAGGACGUAGCAUGACACGCUGUAAGUUUAAGUUAAGUUGCUUUAUUACAUAAUUGUUGAUUCUAUAAUCUCUUGAAUGCAAACAAAACAAAAGGUGUAUCUUGGCUUCAACGGCAAUCGUCACAUUGUCACAUAAAAGUCAACAUUGUUAUGACGUGAUGGGGAAAUAUGUUUUAAUUGCAAGAUCAUUAUGCAUUUAAAAUGCAGAUAGUUUGUCAGCAUCAUUCUAAUUCAUAUGCUUGUUUGUGCAACCACAUCAACCUAAGAGUUGUUCAUUAUGAAUGCUUCUUCUCCCUGCAUGUGAAUGACCAAAAACAAAAGUACUUGGUAAAAUCAGGACACUUGGACCACCUCACCUGUUUGAGACACACCUUCAAGCAGGCGGGGUUCCACUGAGACCAGGCGCUAGUGUAGCGUUGUAGCCCCCGCGUCAUUUCAACGGUGGUUUCCUCAGUCGUUUAGUUUUCUUGUGGUGUAAAUGACUUUGCCAGACACUUUCUCCCGUCUAACUGGAGAUGCUAUCAAGUGACACAGAGCAUCUCAGGACGGAGUGGCGGCUUUUCUAUUGGACACAAACAACCCGAUGACCUCAAUUGGACUUCAUUGAGGGGCCAAAUAAGGAAGUGAAGACUAGAAUAGAAGAUAAAAUAAAAUCUCAAACAUCCUUUUAACAAAAUAUCUUUGCAACAUUGUUUUGAACUGUCCAAACGGCAGCGAACCAUCUGCCAUUUUAGCUGUGUGACAUUUGCGACCAGUUAUUUUUAUGCACUGACAUGCACCCCUGAAGAAUACACAUACGUGCUUUGCUGCCAACAAUGUGACCGAUGAAGGAGACUGCACAUAGAAUAUUGGUUGUAUAUUUACAGGAACUUUGCUGCUUUAAUUUGUGUGCAUGGUGAACAGUUCUGCUGCAAUAAAUCACAAUAAACAAAACUUUGCACAGUAGACUCAUUGCUUAAGAUUGAAGCCAUUAAAUUUGAGUGCAGAUCCAGGUAAAGAUGAAAAAAAGAGCUUGUUCCUGCACUGGAGCCAAGUGGGGCAGUGACCCACCAUAACAAGCAGAUCGAGUUGUGGAUGCGAGCUACUGGCUGCAGGUGCACCGCUUGGAGCACGGCGAUGGCGGCAUCCUGGACCUGGAUGACAUGCUGUGUGACGUGGCGGAUGACAAAGACCGGCUGAUCGCGGUCUAUGACGAACAGGAACCCCACCAUGGUGGCGACGGCACCAGUGCCAGCUCCACGGGCACGCAGAGCCCCGACCUGUUUGCCGCCGACCUCAGUGCCGGCAGUGGAGCGUCGGCCUUCCAACCCUAUCAGGCGGCCAGCGAAAUCGAGGUUACGCCCUCUGCACUGCGCACCAACAUGCCCCUGCAUGUACGCCGCAGCAGUGACCCUGCCUUGUUGAGCAUCAAUGGGCCGUUAAGCAGCGGCGAGUCACGGGUCCAAUCAGAAGAGCCACCGUCAAGGAAGAACCCGACCCGGUGGUCCACCACUGCUGGCUUCUUAAAAGCUCGCCACUCAUCAGGCUCGAACAGCCUGGAGAGGAAGGCUAAAGGUUUGGACACGUACCGCAGUCUGCCACGGGAUGCAGGCACAUGGGCCAAUCAGAGAGAGUUCCAGAGGGAGACGGCUCGCUCGUCUCUUAGUGCCAAUCACCCCAUGGUGGACCGCUGGCUGGAGAGACAGGAACAGGAGGAAGAAGCAAGAGAGCGGCAGGAAAAUGGAUGUAUUGAGCCACUUGGCCGUGUCGACUCCUGUAUGGAGCACACCACCGUGAGGUCUCUAGAAGACAUAGUCAAAGUGGUGGAGGUGACAAACGAUGGCGGGCCCCUAGGAAUCCACGUGGUGCCUUUCAGUGGCAGGGACCGCAGGACUCUUGGCUUGUUGGUCAAGCGUCUGGAGCAUGGAGGCAAGGCCCAGCAGCAAGGCCUUUUCCAGGAGAGCGACUGUAUCGUCAGAAUCAAUAAUGGCGACCUGAGAAACAUCCGUUUUGAACAAGCCCAGAACAUGUUUCGUCAGGCCAUGUGCUCUUCGGUCAUCAUGUUCCACGUGGUUCCCUCAUCCAUGAAGGCCCAUUAUGAGCAGCUGUCCCAUGCAGAGAGGAACCUUGCUUACUCUUCGGGCCGCUUCACCCCUGACUCUGUGUCCAGCAGCACCAUCUCCGGGAUGGAUCACACCACCCCUCACAGGAUGUCCCGACAUGGCUCCCAAACGCACUCGCACUCUCACUCUCACUCUCAUCCUCACCCUCAUUCAGACCAGACUGAUGGCUACCCACCCUUAAGUCACCCGGCCGUCUGUGCUGCAAAACCUCCCACUGGUCAGAUCCACUCACCUCAGAGGAACACAACCCCUACCCCUGGUGGCUAUAGUAAAAAGGUCGGGAGGAGGCUCAACAUUCUGCUGAAGAAAGGGCCGGAAGGACUCGGCUUCAGCAUCACUUCACGUGAUGUCCCCAUCGGCGGCUCGGCGCCCAUCUACGUGAAGAACAUUCUCCCACGUGGAGCUGCCAUUCAAGAUGGCCGCCUCAAGGCUGGUGACAGGUUACUGGAAGUAAAUGGAGUGGAACUAAAUGGGCGGACACAGGAAGAGGUGGUGUCUAUCCUCAGGGCCACGCCCAUGGGGGGCUCGGUUGGGCUGCUGGUUCUCCGCCAGGAGGAUGCGUUCCUCCUUCGAGAAGUGGCUGCUGAGGCCCAGACGCAGAUGCAAAGCCCCAGAGAUUUGAAGGCGGAAGAAGACGAGCUGGUGCUGACUCCAGACGGCACCAGGGAGUUUCUGACCUUUGAGAUCCCGCUCAGUGACUCUGGCUCAGCGGGUUUGGGCGUCAGCGUUAAGGGCAACCGGUCCAAGGAGAACCACGCCGACCUCGGCAUCUUUGUCAAGUCCAUCAUCAAUGGAGGGGCGGCCUGCAAGGACGGGCGGAUGCUUGUCAAUGACCAGCUGAUAGCAGUCAAUGGGGAGUCGCUCUUGGGCAAAACCAACCAGGAUGCCAUGGAGACGCUGAGGAAGUCCAUGUCCACAGAAGGCAACAAGCGCGGGAUGAUCCAGCUCAUUGUGGCGCGCCGAGUUAGCAAAAGAAGCGAGGAGUCACCAGGGGGACCAUUGGGAUCCCAGCAGGCCGCCAACACGUCUCUGGACGACCAUGAACGUCGCAUCUCCCACUCCCUGUAUGGCGCUCUGGAGGACCUGGAUGACAACUUGAUGCCUCGACAAGGCAUGAUGCCGCGCACAGUGGGCAACUACCAGCUCUCUCCGACUGUCAACAUGCCACAGGACGACACCAUCAUCAUCGAAGAUGACCGGCCACCUCUCCUCCCGCCUCAUCUGUCUGACCAGUCGUCGUCCAGCUCCCACGAUGACGUUGGCUUCAACGCUGACGUGAUGCCGGCGUGGGCCAAAGAGCUUCCCGCUCCCAAUGACAGCUCCCAGAGUCCUGAUGAGAGCCAAACUGAUGCCGCCUUCCAGCGGGAGGGUUUCGGACGCCAGAGCAUGUCUGAAAAGCGCACCAAGCAGUUUGGGGACGCAUCCCAGCUUGAGAUCAUCAAGACACGCAAGUCCAAGAGCAUGGACCUAGUAGCCGAUGAGAUUAACCUCAGCCCUCGUCCUGACACCAGCACAGGUUCCUCCACGAGAGACGUGGGUCCGUCUUUGGGCUUAAAGAAGUCCAGCUCCCUGGAGAGCCUCCAGACGGCCGUGGCCGAGGUCACCCUCAAUGGGGACCUUCCAUUUCACAGACCCCGCCCUCGUAUCAUCAGGGGGCGGGGCUGCAACGAGAGCUUCAGGGCGGCCAUAGACAAAUCGUAUGACCGGCCGGCGCCCACCGAGGACGACGACGAAGGCAUGGAGACAUUGGAAGAGGACACGGAGGAGAGUUCACGCUCCGGUCGAGACUCUGUGUCGACAGUGGCCGACCAGACGCCUCAGUCGGGCCCGGAGAAGCUGCUGGUCAAUGGCACCAACCAACCCAGAGAGGAGAAGAAGGACAAAGGUGGCAAGGAGAAGAAGAAGGGGGAGACAACGAGGGACAAAGACAAAGAUAAAGACAAGGGCAAAGCAAAGAAAGGAAUGCUGAAAGGACUGGGUGACAUGUUCAGGUUCGGGAAGCACCGCAAAGAUGAGCGUCUGGGGGACAGGAUGGACCGUAAAGGAUCCAGCAAGUGGCGGUCGGAGGAGGCGCAAGUUUCCGACGAAGAAACGCUGAAGAUGAGGAUGGAGCAGGAGAGGAUCCAGGCCAAGACCCGUGAACUGAGGGAACGCCAGGCACGGGAACGGGACUAUGCCGAGAUUCUGGAUGUGAGCCGCUCACCAGAUAGGUCCUCCGAAGAGGAGCACUCAUAUGCUGGCAUGAGCCCACUGAACAAUGGCGGGCACAGCCGCCCCCACAGCCUCCGCGGCGAGUACCCCCAUGUCCAGCACCAACACUCGGACUCCCUGUACACCCAAGUCAGCAAGACCCGCAGUGAGCGCCCCCCCUCUGCAGACAGUAACCGGCUCGCCCCGAGCAACCACGACCGGAUACAGAGGCUGAGGCAGGAGUUCCAGCAGGCCCAGAACGGUCCGGACGACGCGGACGACCGCCGCCGCACGUUCAGCUUCGAGCAGCCCUGGUCGAGCGUGAGCGGUCAGAACGGUCAGAGUCAGCCCGGUCGUCACUCGGUGUCAGUGGAGGUCCAGAUGCAGCGUCAGAGACAAGAGGAUUCCUUCGCUCAGGCUCAGCGUCAGUACAGCUCACUGCCCCGGCAGCCCAGGAAGAAUCCCAGCUCCAUCUCUCAGGACUCAUGGGAAAAGGCGUAUCCUCCGGGUGAGGGCUUCCAGGCAGCCAAGGACAAUCCCAGGUACUCGAGCUAUCAGGGAUCCAGGAAUGGCUUCCCGAGCGGCGGCUGCGUUGGCGGUGUCGUGAACGCCAGAGUCCUCCUGGAAGCUCAGGAGCUGCUGAGGCAGGAGCAGCGACGUAGAGACCAGGAAGCUAAAGGCAAGCUAGCGCAGGAUAGCUCGUCUAGCUACGAGGCGUAUGCCAAGGAUCCCGCCUCCCCCAAGGGGCCGUACCGCCAUGACGUGCCGCCUUCGCCCUCGCAGCUGGCCAGACUCAACAGGAUGGGCUCGGAGAAAGGAAGACUCUUUUAUUCCUGAGGAUAUAGCAACCAGGGACCUAGCCUAGCGCUCACUGCCUGUCUGUGGACGCUGUCUUUGUUGUCUGACAAUCACAUGACUGACAAGCGGGCGACUCCGAUGUGAGGUCGUGAGACAAAGUCUCACAUUUUGUGUUGCCAUGAAAGUUUAUAUUUUUAUUUUCCGCAAAUAUGCUAAUAGCAACGCAGCAUGCAUAUCAACUUCCUGUUCCUCCUUCCAAAUUAACAGAAGAGCGACAUUGUGUUGCUAAUGAAAUAAUACUAACCCCUCCCCCUCAUGAAUAAUUUAUGAAGUGUCGUCUCAGCGGAGGAGACAGCUCUGAUCUGCUGCCUGAUGCCCCCACCCGUCCACCCCCCAAGCUCCACUCUGGGCUCGACUUGCUGGCAUGCCUGCAGCUCCUUGUUGUGUUCAUUAGGCGGGUAGCUGUCUUUCAACCUCCACCACUCCAUUCACUGUCAACCCAGCUUUCUGCCUCAUCUUCCAUGUCUCCCACGCUGCUUUCCAACGCUUAAUUUUUCAUCACUCGCCACCUGCUGCAAGCCUCACAAUCAGAAGAAGAGCGAGCCAAAAGGAACACACAUAUCUCUUUAAAUCUCACCUUUGGUCAAAGAUUGUACACUUUUUUUUUUUUUUUUUGUAAAUGUUUAAAAUGUGUCUUUGUGUAACGGAUGCCAGCCAGUGUGGCUGCGAAAGUGUACGAAACCUCACUCCCUCAGCCUUAAGAGCUGUGCUGAAUGCUGGGUCGACUUCCGGGCUUUCGGCCCAAUGGUCAGCACUCUCGUCUCCCGUUCCGAAGGUCCUGUGUUCGAGCCCCAGGGUGCGCAGACGGGUUACAUUUGUAAACAUAAGCGCAGUAAAUCUCCCCCGCAAGGUGCCUGUUAGCAUGUUAGCGAGUUCAUUAGCAUCAUUGCGACAACUUAAUCUAUAAAAACAAUUGAGCCUUAGCGUUCACUUUUAUGCUAUUUAGCAAUGUAUCAUUCAAAACUGAAUAUUAUAUUUGUAAAGUGUACGACAGCAAAUGAUUUUGUAUCAUUACUCCUUUUAGUUUUUUAUUUUAUGAAGGUUACAAAUGUGCGUGGCCAGUCCCAAAACGAAAAAUGAAUUUACACAAUUAGCAUAUCAGCCCAUUAUCAUUCCAUGAAAGUGUCAUUUUGUUAUGCGUUUCCUUCACUGCUGCUAAAAGCUAAGCUAGGCUAAGCUACAUAAUAAUAAUAAUGGAGGUUAUUUGUCAUUUAAGAUUUGUCCAAGAAAUGAAAUCAAAAUAUGUUCUAAACUUGUGAGGUUUACAGCAUGCUUUGCUUUCUUUGACUGACUGGAAGCUAACAAGCUAGCGUGACCAUUUUAGCCCAUCAUUAAUGCUACUAUUUUUCUCUCUUGUUCAGAAACACAAAAACUGCAAAAUAUUGUACUUCUUUCACAGAGUUUUAAAAACGAAUUCAACCAAGAAAAAAGUGUUUUGAAGGCGUUGUAAGUGAUACCAGACUUUUUAUAAAAAUUCUUCAUUUUUCCUCUCACAUAUCCUGUUUGUUGUCACGGGAACAGGCUGUGACGUCGCUAAGUGCCUGACACGAUGAUGAUGAUGAUGUCUUUUACACACGAAGAAGGAUGAUGUUUUUGAACACAUUGUUGAAAUAUUUGACUAAAGUCCUGGUACUCCUUCCUCAAGCUUCUUUUGGUUUUGGUCAGUGGCCAUCUUGGACACUUGCCUUUUUGAAAGUAGGACGAGGACGUGGAAGCUGAUGUGCAAUUGGUAGCUUUUUGUUUGUCAUUCUUAUCAUCCUGAGACCUGUGUGUACAUAUCAAGUGUAGAAUAAAAGUACUUCCUGUUUACAGCAUUGCCCUC